UUCACACAAGUCAAGCCAGCUCCCUGUGUAGACCGGUCUUCCCAUUGUCUCACUAUGGACCUGCCAUCUUUAGUGCUCUGUAUAAUGUUGGAAGUCCUGGCUGUAAACUGUCAAGAUGUGGUACAGGAACAGGGACAGGGACGUAUAGUAGGAGGAUACGCUCCGGUUCCACAUUCAAUCAAGUACAUUGUGUCGAUACAGUCAACACGGCGUCAGCACUUGUGCGGGGGCUCCUUGGUAAAUAAGUACUGGGUAAUCACAGCAGCACACUGUAACGUUGGGGUAGAUGAAAUGAUGAUAGUAGCAGGAGACUAUUCUCUGAGCAUCUAUGAGGGCACAGAGCAAGAGAUCCUGCCCCAGCAUGUGUUUCCCCACCCGGAGUACAACAGCACCACCACCAACAAUGACAUUAUGCUUAUAAAGCUGAGGGCCCCGGUCUAUCUGAACAGCUACGUUUCCAUCGCUCUGCUGCCCCGGCAGGACGCCUCCAUAGCAGAGGGCAGAAUGUGCAGAGUGUCAGGAUGGGGAUACAUCAGCCCCAAUGGAGGCCAGAUCCCCUCCACCCUCCGCACUGUCAAGCUGCCCAUCGUCUCCACAGUGAAAUGCAACAGCAGUGAGUCCUACAAUGGCAACAUCACAGAAAACAUGAUCUGUGCUGGUUUCAGUACUGGUGGGAAGGAUGCCUGUCAGGGGGACUCUGGGGGUCCACUCGUAUGUGACGGCCGGGUCUAUGGCUUGGUGUCCUGGGGGGUGGGAUGUGCCGAUGCCCAGUUUCCUGGAGUCUACACUGCUGUGUCCAAGUUCCGCAGGUGGAUAGACAACACCAUAUUCAGCUACUACAGCAGGUGUAACAAGGAUUAAAACCCAAUGUUACUGAGAUUGUGGAGACUUAAUGCUCUUCAUUUCAACUUCUGUUCUUUGAUUUAACAUAUUCUUCUUCUUUUUUUACCAUUUGUGCACAUUUAAUUAUAUGUUAAUGUGUUAAAAGAAUAGCUUGACAUUUUGGGAAUUACGUUUAUUCGCUUUCUUGCCGAGAGAACAGAAGAUUGAUAGCACUUUCAUAUCUGUACGCUAAAUAUGAACAGCUAGCAGCUGGUUAGCUCAGCUUAGAAUAAAGACACGAGAGGAAAACUAAAAUCUGCAUACCAGCACCUCUA